UGGCUCUGAGCAUCACUUGGAAGCGAACAUAACAAUUGAAUCACCGACAUCGCCGGACCUUCUUGUGAGGCCCAUUCGAGGUCCACUUUAGCCGAUGCUCUUGCCACCAUGACAAACGUAACCUUUUCUGCCUACGCUCUUCCUCUAUUACACGCAGCCAAAUACCCUUGGGCCGAAGUAUGCGGUGUAUUAUUAGGCAAACUUGGCGCGACCGGUGUGACUGAUGUAACGCAUGCGAUUCCGUUCUUUCAUCAUUGGACCUCUCAAACUCCCAUGCUUGAAGUCGCCUUACAACAAGCGGAAUUAUACGCCAAGCAAAAAGAUCUCACCAUCGUAGGCUGGUAUCAGGCGAAUGAACGUGAAGAUGAUAAAAGUCUACAUGCCAAUGCCAUCCGUGUGGCGGACACCAUCCGACGAAAUUCUCAACACGCCUUGAUCUUCUUGAUCAGAAACGAAAAAUUGGCCAACCUUGAAAAGAAUGAAGGCGCUAUCACGCCGUAUAUCUACAAAGAGCAGCAAUGGCGACCCGUGUCUCAAGCUUUCACACCGGGAAAUGAAUUCAAGUUUACCUAUGAUGAAACCUUUGCCAAACUACGGGGCUUAAUGAGUGGGGCUGUUUACACCAAGGUGAACGAUUUCGACGAACAUUUAGAGAAUGUCUCUUUGGAUUGGUUGGAGCAAAAACAUAUCCCACUGUAGAAGCAGAUCUACACAGUCCGUAAAAUGCAUCUUGUAAAAAAAACGUGUUAUCGAUAACCAGUCAUCAUG